AACUUCGUGAUCUGUUUCUGCAAGUGCUGUUAUUUACUUGGUUCUGAUCUCUGGGUCCGUGUGGAGAGAGCUUGGUUUAGACCCGUGUGCAUCCGACACCGGGUGCAUAACUUCGAAGGGGCAAGUGAAGAAUGCAAAACGGCACUGUGCGUGUGAGGGGGGCUUUGCAAUGGGCAGGAGGAGCGGCUGGGCUUUGCAACUGAUGCUUGCACUAACUCUGGCGGUCUGGCUGUUGCAACUGAGUGCAAGCAAAGUGUGCAGCUCUCUAACUUUGCUGGCUCACUCCUUUCACACCUUCUCCACUCUACUGGGUCUGGGGACCCUGCAGGUGUCUCUGAAGCUCAACGGGGGCGGCCGGAAUACUCAGGCCAGGAACACCUUCGGCUGGUUGAGGGUCGAGCCGCUGGGAGCCCUGGUGCAGGGGGUCUUACUCACCGGCCUCUGCUUCACCGUCCUGGGAAAAGCGGUGGAGAGCGUGUUGCAGCCACGCCCCGUCCGGCGCCCCGGGGUCCUGCUGGGGGUCGGGUUAACCAGCCUCCUGAUCGACCUGGGUAGCUUUUACCUCUUCAGGAGAGACAGCAGCCCACAAGACUGGCCCUCUGCAGACAUGGACUGCAAGCAUGAAAACAAAGAGCUCCUCGGCGAGAUGGUGACCAGUGACCCGGGACGGAGCAAGGGCUGGUGGGGAGAGGACCUCCAGGAGCCCGGCAUGGUGGGUGAAGGAGGGCACCUUGGCUGGCAGAGGGCCUCCCCCCAUGUGCUGGGGGAUGCCCUGGGAUCGGUGCUGGUGCUGCUGAGCGGCCUGGCCCAUUACACCACCUGGCCGGCUUGCCCCGGGGGGCAGUGCGGCAGGGAGGAGGAGGAGACGGGCAGGGCCGGGCCCUACUGGUUGCUGCACCUGGACCCCGCCCUGUGCCUGGGGGUGGUCUCCAGGGCCCUGUGGAUGGCCUGCCCCCGGCUGAGGGAGUCGGCGCUGCUCCUGCUGCAGGCCGUGCCCGCGGGCCUGGACGUGGGCCGGCUGCGGGAGCGGCUGCUGGGGGUGGAGGGAGUGGUGGCUGUGCAUGAGCUCCACCUGUGGCGGCUGGCCGGCUGCCGGCUGGUGGCCACGGCCCACGUCAGGUGCCGGGAGGCGGGAGCAGCCAGGCGCAUCGGUGCCCUCUUCCGGCGGGAGGGCUUCCUCGCCGUCACGGUGCAGCCAGAGCUCGGCGGGGGCGCGGCCCAAGGCUCGGGGUGCGAGCUGGCUUGCGGGGAGCACUGCGCCUCCAGGCUGUGCUGCUCGGGAGACAGGACCCAGCAGCCCCGGGAGGAUUCCGUGCUGGCCGAGGUGCCCCUCCCAGCUUACACCGGCACUGAGUGCGAGACCACCGUCUAAUGCCGCACAAGUGCACUUAGAUGCACACACUUGUGUACAAACACGUGCGUGCACACACGCAGAGUACAUAUGUGGGCUAGUACAUGCAAAUUACCAGUGCACACAUAGCUAGGCAUGCAUGCACAGAGGUGCACAGACAAGCAUGUUUAGAGGCACAGACACAGUUGCAUACACGGAGCCAUGCAUGCGUACACACACUCAGUUGCAUGGAGGGAGGCAUGCAUGCACGCACACAGUAGUCCGGCCAGUUUCAUCAAUUCCUCAUUAAACCAACAGAAAACUCAAAGCAGAAAAGUCCUAGUGUUGUACUGUUCUCCCAAGUAGUUCUGUUGGGCAAAGAGGAGAAACAGUUGCUCUGCUUUUCCUUAAAUCACCCAGGCCAUUCGGCCCCUCUUCUGUGCCAGUAUUUCUGUUCCACAACAGUGCUACUCUCUCACAUCUCCCCCAUCAUUUCCCUCCCAUGACUAACCAACUCCCCCCCCCCCCCACCCCCAAGCUCCUCUCUGCUGCUUGCCCAACCCUUCCCCCAUGGAAGUGAGCCCCCACCCUCUGGGCAGAAUAAGUUAAUGACUACCUUAGAUGGAUGGGGCCCUUGCUUUUGAACUGCCUCCCUCAAGCAUCAUUUUUAAACAGUGUAGAGCUCUGAACUAUUUCCAGUGUCCCGAACCUGGUCUCACAAAGUUUCUGCCCGUGUUUGAUCUGGCUUCCUCCGUCCCUUUUAUCUCUCAUCUGCAUUCCCAACUUCCCUUUGGAUUCAUCCUUUACUAUUUGACUGUUCCCUGUCAGAAGGCAUGCCACAAUCCACGCCUCCAGUUCUCCUCUUCAUCACGAGGAGUUACAAGGUUGCAGCAGAUGAUUUAGGCUUUGUAUUGACAACAUUCUUCAGUUUCUGUGUUUGGACUUACUCUUGUAAAAAGAAACGACAUGAACUACUUAAGCCCCCCACGUCAAUCAAGGUGUAUUUUAAGAAAGGAAUUGGACAAGUCCUCUCCCAGGUGCCAUUGUUAUUUAGUCACUUUCAGGUGGAAUUUGACACAAAUUGAGAAGCAAGUUCCCAAGAUGAUUGGUUCAGCUGGGGGAGGUCUUCUACCCCACGUCGAGGCUUGUGGGCCCAACCUGCAUGUCCACAGUACGCAAAGAGGAUUGACAUCUGAACACACCCACGAGGGCCCACUAGAUAUAGACUUGCAUUUAUACAUAGCCUUCCACGACAAGCUCUCCCACUUUUACUGCCAAUCUUCAGAGCAUUUCAUGUAAGACAGGAGCAGGACUCAGCCAGGUGGCGUGUUGAAGCAGUGCCAUUGUUCAAUAAAAUCAUGGCUGAUUCGACCUUGCCCUCAGCUCCCUCAUCAUUCAAAAAUCUGCCCUCUUCAGUCUUGAAUAUAUUUAGUGACCCAACGGUCAGCUUCUGGGUGGAACCCCUCUCAACAGAAAUUUGUCAGCUCCAUCUGAAUGGAUGACCCCUUAUUCUGAAACCAGGCCUCCCUGGAUUUAGUUAUCCCAGCAAGGUAAACAUCCUCUCACCAUCCAUACCAUCAUAGCUCCCCUCCCUCACCCCCCCCCCACCACCACCACCAAAGAAAAUAUGUUUCAAUAUCUCCUCUUCAAGACGCCGAGUAUCGGCUCAACUUUUCCUAAAACAACCUGUUCAUCCCAAGAAUCAACCUAGUGAGCCUUCUCUGAACUGUCUGCAGUGCAAGAACACAAGAAAAUAAGAGGAGCAAGUCAUGAGACCCCUCAAAAGCCUGCCCUAAUGUCCAAUGUGAUCAUGGCCGAUCUAUGCUGGCCUCAACUGUGCCAUUUCUCCAUUCUCCUCUAUUCCUUGAUCAAAUAUUUAUCCACCUCCAAUUUAAGUACUUCCAAUCCAGCUUCUGCUGUCAGGACAGAGGAUUCCAGAGAUUCACUGCCCCUCUGCAAGAAAGUUCUUUGUACCUUGGUUUUAAAAUGAAUGGUCAGUCCCUUAUCUUGUAGCUGUCCCCUUGGUCGCGAGACUCCCACGAAUGAAAAUAUCCCAACGUAUCCCCUUAGAAUCUUAUAUGUUUGAUUAAGGUCACCCCUCACCCUAAGCUCGAGGGAAUACAGACCUAAACUAUUGGUAGGGCAGCUCUCUCAUCCCAGGUAUUAGCCCGGUGAGUUUCCUUUGAACUGCCUCCAGUGAUACUGCACAUCUUUAAGGUGGUAUUCCGAGUGUUUCCUCAUCAACUGCAAUAAAAACUUCCUUUAAAAAACACCAACCCCUUUGCAAUGAAGGCCAAAAUGCCAUCUGGCUUCUUAACUACUUAUUGGACCUUCCUGCCAGCUUUUUGUGAUUCAUGGACCAGAACACCCAGGUCCCCCCUGUACUUCGCCUGUUCAUUCUCUCCUCACUUCAGUAACGACCGGCCUUUUGAUUUCCCUUACCAAAGUGCAUCACCUCACACAUUCAUCUGCGUGUCUUGUACCCACUCAAUCUAUAGCCCACUGCAGUCACACAGUCUCAUCACAAUUUGCCCUUCAACGAUUUUCAUAUCAUUGACACAUUUGGAAACCUUACAUACUGUUCCUUCCUCCAGAUCAUUUAUGUAAAUAGUGAACAAUCGCAGGCCAAGGACUGACCCCUGCAAUACUCCAUUGGUUACCUCCUUCCAGUCUGAAAAGGACCCAAUACCACCUUGUCAGUUUUCAAUCCAUUCUAACACACUUGCUCCAUUACCGUGCGCUGAUAUUAUUUACAAUGCAAAUGUAUUCCCCAACUGAGAGAAAAAAACUGCAAUCCUCCAGGUGUGCCUGUCCCCACACGGUGUGCCGUUGCAGCAAUAUUUCCCGAAAUUUUAUGGCCCAUAUUCCUCUUGCAAUAGAGGCUGACGUUACAUUUGCCUUCCCAAUUACUUGGCACACCUGCUUGCUAACUCAGUGCUUUGUGCAUGGGAACACUGAUCCCUCACGUCUCUCUCCGUUGAAACGUUGUUCUGCUUUUCCGCCCUUCCAACUAAAGUGGAUGACCUCACAUUCCCCCACAUCAUCUGCCAGCUCCCCCCCCCCCCACCCAUUCUCCAAAUCCCUUUGCAGACUCAUAACCUAUUUCCCCGCUACCUUCCCACCAUCAGAUUUGGCUACAAUGCUCUCAUCCCCGUAACUCCAUCAGCAACACUGCCUGUAAAUAGCUGGACCCCACCACCGAUCCCUGGGCCAUCCCAUUUGCUACAGCUUGUCAAACUGGAAAAUGGGCCAUUUACCCCAACUUUCAGUUUUCUGUUGGUUAUCCAGUACUCCAUUCAUGCUAAUACACUAUCCCACAACAGAGCUCCUUCCUUCAAGUCACCUUUAUAUAGCACCUAAUGGAAUGGCUUCUGGAAAUCCAAUAUACUAAGUCUACUGGUUCUCCCUUUAUCCAUUAUUCAUUUUCCAAAGAACUUUAAUAAAAUUGUUAAACAUGAUUUCCCUUUCACAAAACCACUGACUGAUUAUAUUUUUGAUUUUUUUUAAGUAUCUGCAAAUGCUUUAAUAACAGAUUCCAGCAUCUCCCCCCCCCCCCCCCAAUGGCAGACACCGAUGGUUUCCUAUCGUCUCCUUCCUUGAACAAGGGUGUUACAUUUGUGGAACCUUUCUGAACCCACGUGUUUUGGAAGGUCACAACCAACACAUCCACUGUAUCUGCAGCCACUUCUUUUCAGAUGCUGGAAUGCAGGUGAUCAGACUGAGGGGGCAUCAGCCUUUCGUAACAUCAGUUUACUUUGUAUUUGUUCCUUGGUCGUGAUUGUUUCAAGUUCCCGUCUCCCCUGAUUUUCUAGUAUUAAAGAGAGAUUCCUUGCACCUUCAACAGUGAAGACAAAUACCAAAUAUUUGUUCAAAGUCUCUGUCACUUACUGUUCCCCCCUCCAUUAUUAAUUCACUUGUUUCAAAGUACAAUCAACAAUGUUUACUGUCAUUAUUUUGCAUUUAUAUUUUUAAUUUACUUGUAAAAACUUAUUUUGCUACUUAAUCAAUUUUUUAAAAAAAAUUAUUCAUACUUUGCUGGUUCCCAAUCUUCUGACACUAAUUUUCACAUGUUGUAGAAUUCUUCCUCAGCCCAAAGAUCACAGUGCAAUCUUUAAGUGUCACACAGGAAGAAUGAUCAAGGGCUGCUGCAGAAUUAUUUGCUCACUCCACAAUUUUCACAUGUUGUAGAAUUCUUCCUCAGCCCAAAGAUCACAGUGCAAUCUUUAAGUGUCACACAGGAAGAAUGAUCAAGGGCUGCUGCAGAAUUAUUUGCUCACUCCAACUGAUAGGCUUGGUCUAAUCAAUCUCCUCAUGUGGCAAAGCCACCAUCCCUAGGACUAAUCUGGUGAAUCUUCACCACACUCCCUCUAAGGCAGGCAUGUCCUUUUUUGUUUGGGGUACCGAGACCCAAACAAAGUAUUUUGGAGAAGGCACUCAAUGCAGUGGCCAGACUUGGUCAAUGUUAAUGUGAUGCUGUUCAUUAUCCAACUGAAGCCCCACUGUACGUAACAAAAACAAUGCUGGAAGCAGCCAGCAGGUCAGAUAGCAUUUGUGGAAAGAGAAACUGGGUUCAUGUUUCAGGUCCAAUACCCUUUUGCAGAACUGGGAAGGAGACAAUACAAGUUAAUAUUAAGUUGCAAGGGGGGCGGUGGAUAAGAUGAUGAAAGUAGCUCUGAUAGAGACCAAACAAGCUAACGUGGCAGUUGGAGGCAGAUCAUGUUUCUUUAUCCAUGUGGAGCUUUGCUAAUAGCAGGCCAGGCUAUACUAAUGAGCCAAAUAUCACAGAUGGAUGACUGGCAGAAGUGACCAGUUCUGAUACAAACAGGAAUAGAAAUUUACACAAAGUUGGAGAAUUCUACACGACUACGUGUUAGGUUUGGGUUGUGCUGGGACAUUGUAAAUAAGUGCACUGAGAUCUCCAGAAAUUUCACAAUUUAAAAGCAUAACUAUGAAGAAUGAUUUGAUAAACUGGGAUUAUUUUGUUUAGAACAGAGAGCGAGACCAUACUCAAAAUGUAUCAAAUUAGCAGGGUCUUGAUUAAAUUGGAAAGACCCAUUUCCCUUUGUAGAUGAAAAUGUGGAUUUAAAGUUAUUGAAGGAUUCGAGAGGUCGAGGAUGGGGUUACGGAGCUUAAUGUCCAAGAGGGUGACAGAGGCAGAGACCCUCACCACAUUUAAACACUAUGUGAAUGUGUAUUUGGAAGACUGUGCAUCCAAAAUAGGGCUACAAAUCAAGGUGGGUUCGGCCAGGCAGCUUUAUCAAUGAGCAAGUACGUGUUGGGCAGAAUGGCCUUUCAUGCCGUACAUUGGUGGGGAGGGUACUUUUGGGCUGUCUCCAGGGCGAUGGAUGGCUGCUCCAAGAGGCAGCCACUUUAAUCGAGCCAGGCUUGGAGAAGUGUACAAGUCAGAGAGGUUUAACUAGGAGGAGGAGGAUCAGGGAGAAGUAAACUCUUAAUCCAGGGACCAAUUUUACUUCAGAUGAACAAACUGCAGAUGCUGGAAAUCUGUGGGGAUAAAAUAAGAUGCAGAAAACAUUCAGCAGUAAUUGGGGGACACAGAGGCAACACGUCAUCAGAACCAGGCAAUUGAAAGAAACUAAAAAUGAAAAAUAAAGAAUCUGCAGGUGCUGGAGACCCGAGAUAAAACAGAAGAGGCUGAAUCCACUCAUCAGGUCAGGAAGCAUCUGUGGAAAUACUGAGUUAACAUUUCAGGACUCAAUGUAGACUUUGUUUAUAAGUGGGGAUGAACCCCAGACAGGCCUGGAUCUGGUUGAAUGACAGGAACAGGUCAAGCUCGUCACAACAGAUCGCAGGCAGGGGGAAGGGACUGUUAGACAGGGCAUUGUGUUGCAACCCCAGUCCCAUCGAGCUCGGGGAAAGACUGUUGAAACUGGCAAAAAAGAACCAACUACAACUCAACCAUCAGAUUUCACGCUUUUAAUAGUAAUGUGUACAAGAUAGAGAAAGGAGACAGUGGUCACAGAACGCAGAGGAGACACGUCAUGAAUACAGAUGAAGAAACCUCUUUAGAAAGACAAAUACAAACAGGUUUAGAUUAUUCUUUUAAAACACAAAUAAAACGCUUUCUACAAACAUUUUCUUUUUCUACAGUGUAGUUGAUAUGAAAGAUUUAAAGACUGGAUUAUAAAAUACCCUGGACUGUGCUGUGAACUAGAGAAACUAGUGCCGCAAGUGUGGGAGGCAUUUUGUCCAUUUUAGAAUGGAGGGAAAGGGGGGAGCGUGGGCAGGAGAGGGGGGGCACCCAGUGAUGAUUGGCAGAGGUGAGACAGGAGCCAUUUCCUGUGAAAGUAUUCUUUAGAACAACAGUUAUGCUCAAAGCAAUGUUGACGUGGGGAAAGGCAUUCCCAAAGCAGGGACGGCAGAGUACAGCUCCUGCUCCACUGUCCUAUGACAAGUUCCCAAGGAAGAGACAGUAUGGGGUAGAUGCAGAGUAAAUCUCCCUUUACACUAUCCUGCAACACCUUCCUAGGGCAGGGACAGACUGAUGCUGUCCUACAGCUUGCCUCAGCUCCAAUCUUCUGUUGCCAGUCUCUGGCCAUCACCAAUGAGCAUUGCUGAUGAACACUGGGUUUGUACUAAUAAGCCAGUGCCCACCUGGACCACAACCUCCCAGUUUCCUCACCAGUAAACCUUAACAGUCAGCAGAACAAGGAAGUUUCCAUUUCACCUGCAGGGAUGCACCUCCAUUCAAAAGGUGAGCUUGGUAGUUAAUCCUACCCACCCGCAUUCCCUCCUUUGCAAGGGGUAACAGCCCACUCACACCCAUGUUGUGAAUCUGGUGGGCAGGAAGAGAAGCAAUUUUCUUUUAAAGCCAACCGUUCACCCAAACAAAAGCAAAAUCACAGACACACUUGGAUAAUCCAGAUUCUGAAAGUUACCUCAUCCAGCAAUGAGGAACAGGUUCCUUACUCCCAACCACCAAGAGUUCAGACACUUUCUUGCCGCCAUUUCACAUUUGAAAUGCUAAUUUUGAAUGAAUUGUAUUUUUUUCCUGGGGAUUCAGCUUACAAAGAGAAUGGGGUUAAAACAUUCUGGUGGCAGACAUUUUGCAAGGAAUCUGCCCUCCAAAAAUGUCUCUUCUCAAUAAGAGACUGAAGUAAAAACUGCCCACAGAACAGUUUUUAUAAAAACCAUAAACAACGAGAAUAAAAAUAAUUCAAAAAUCAUCCCAAUCCACUGGGUUCAUUGUGGCUGAGGAAAGAACAGGUAGCCAAAGGAAACAGUACGAACAAUUUGCCAUCUCACGGCUUGGAGGUAAAUUGGUAAGCACCCAUUGUCACUUCCUCACCCCCCCCCCCCACCCCCC